AUGGCUAAGUAUUGUCAAAGAAGUCAUGUAGUUGCCAGGAAAAUUCAAGGCUGUCAAUCUUUUAUCUGGAAGGAAUUAUUGAGAAUCAAAGCUGAUGUAGAACCUCAUAUAUUAUGGAGGAUAAAUGAAGCUAAAAUAUCCUUUUGGUGGGAUAAUUGGACAGGCAUUGGUCCUCUAGCUCUGCAUCACCAAUCUGAAAAUAACCCUGGUACUCUCAUGAGGGUAGAAAUUGGCCAGAGAAACAAGAAGGAUCAGGCCAUUUGGACUGUUAAUUCUCCUGGAAAUUUCACUUGUGCUAGUACAUUUCAAGUUCUAAGGAAGAGAUUACCUGAAGCUCGUAUAUGGAAGUGUAUAUGGAAUAAAGGGAUUCCUUUCAAAAUGGCCUUUAUCAGUUGGAGAAUAAUCAAGAACAAGCUGCCUACGUAUGAUAGAAUCAAGAAUUAUUCAAGUAAUGCUGACCCUAUGUGCAUCUGUUGUACUCAUCCUGAGGAGGAAACCAUUCACCAUGUCUUCAUUGAAGGGGAGUUAGCCAAGAAAAUCUGGAAAUUCUUUGGUGAUUCUCUGGGAAUCACUACGCAAAAUCAGAGUAUUCAGGCCAGGUUCACUACAUGGUGGAAUUUCAACACACAAAAUUCUAUGCUAAGAGUGGCAUACCAAUACAUUCCUAUCUUUAUUUGCUGGGAAUUGUGGAAAGCCUGGAGUUCUUGGAAAUAUGGAAACAAGAAGUAUUCUGUGGCCAAAAUCUAUUAUGAAGUGGCGCAGCAUAUGCCGAUUACUCGAGCAAACCUCCGUAAAAUGUCAUCAAGAUCAACACCGAUGGAAGCGAUGGCACAUAGCAACAAAGCGAGAAUGGAGGAAUUGCCGAGAGACUAUAGGGGGAUAUCAUUAUGGCUUUUUCUAAAGCUUUACAAUUUUGUUCCAACAACGGUGCGUAAAUCCGGUGCGGCAAGUUUUGGUAUCAACUGGAUUGAUCAUAAUGAUAUCAACAACAACAUUAUUGAAGUGGAUUCAAUGCUGGUGGUGAAGUGGCUAGACGGAACGUAUGAUAUUCCUUGGGAACUCUUGAAGGAAGUGUUAGCUAUGAAGAGGAUCAUCGAUAAGAGAAACAUCAAAGUCCAACGCGUUUCGUGGAAGCAAACACGGUGA